UCGCAGGUCAUGCCUGUGCAGGGCAAGCAAGACCUGUAAACACGCCUACGUACUACGUAUACUUAAACGAAUCUCAUCAUAAUCUUGCCGUUAACUAGAAUAAUGAUGUCUCGAGAUCAAUGGACAAUGACCAAAAUGGAAUUUUAUAAAAGUACGACAACGUAAUAUGCCCUCUGUGCAAAAUUCGAUCUCUGAAAUGUAAUAUAGAAAUCUCAAUGAGUCAUGAGAGGUUGUGUUUUUGUGUUCAAUGACUACCCAGAAAUGUCACACACGCUUAGGGCCGGUUUCACCACUAAGAGUUGAUGCAGAUGACAUAUUAUGCCAAUUUUUGUUCAAGUCUUUUUUUUUUUAUCGGAUAUUUGACUUAAAUGUUUUCAUAUGUAAUAUAUCUUCUAUAACAAGAGUACAACGAAAGUAGUUAUACAUGUAUCGUUGAAUACUAUACGUUAACAAAGACGAUAAUGAUGAACAGAUUAUUGCGAUGCAACGACGACCUCGCAUCUUUUAUAAGAGAUGAGAGAAUCAACUAUUGCGAAUUAUAUGACGAUCAUGUUUUCAUAAAUAGAUUUCGUAUUUCAAAAGCUACGUUUAGUAUUAUCUUGAGAUUGAUAGAAGAAGAAAUAUCUCCUCCCUCUCAAAGAUAUUUUGGAGUUCUAAAACGAAAAUUCCCAGUGCUCAGCAAAGGAAUUACAGUUAAUUUGAGUAACACCCAAGCAAUAAUAGUGAUGUGUGCUGUUAUGCAAAAUAUCUGUAUUGAUAUGCAUGAUGAAGUUCCUAAUGAUUUAUGUGAAGACAACAAUGAUGAAAAUAUCAGAGAAGGAAAUUUUUUUGAUUUGCCAGAAAAUACAAGAGGUAGGCAAGAAAGAGAUCAGGGGAUCAGGGAUCACUUUGUCAAUUUACUAUGAGAUUACAGUUAUAUGAUUUUGAGGAGUUACGACGUCCCAUUGGCUGACACUUACAUAUGAGAAAAUUAUAUAUAAUUAUGAAGAUUCUUUGUAACCUAAUAUAUUUAUUUGUAUUACCUAUUGUAAAAAUAUAAAAUUAAAAAAAAUG